AUGGGUAAGCCACUCAGCAGGCCAGACUGUUUAAGGCAGAACCCCACCUGCCUGGGGAAAGGAGAGGAAGAAGAUGGCUAUAUAGAGGAUUGUUACGUUCCACAGCGAUCUAUAUAUGAUACAAUGAGGAUAAAUGAACAAAUUGACCAGGGGUCAAAGCUUAAUCAGACAUCAAAAAGCACCAUGGAAAAGAUGGAAGGAGGUACUAUAUCCAGCAAUGGUACGUUAGGAGCAGCAUCUAAUGUUUUUGAAUCUAGAGCCCCAGAAGGCAAAAAGCUGGAUGAGAGGAUAAUAUUUGAUGCACUAAAGUUAAGCAGCGAUGUGCAGAAGUCAGCACCCGUGCCACCCAGAAGGCGACCAAAUGCAGAACGCAAAGAUAAUGUUAACAGGAGAUCAUGGAAGUCCUUCAUGCCACCCAAUUUCCCAGAAUUUGCAGAAAGGAUAGAAGCUUCUCUCAGUGAGGUUUCAGAAGCUGGGGCUUCAAAUCCUUCCUUGCAAGAGAAGAAGGAAUCCAGUUCUGCAUUAACAGAAAGUUCUGGUCAUUUGGACCACAGGGAACCUCAGUCAGAGUCAGUGACUCUGGAACAUGUGUCCAAAUCCAUAGAUACUCCAGAAGUGCAGGAUGUGAAAAAUUUAAGCGGGGAGUGCCAAGACUUCAGAUUGCAGCCACACAGGGAGCGCUCUCCCCAUGAAUUCCAGCCUCUAGAAUCAGAAGCUGCAGCUGCAAGUGGUAGCACAGAUGUAAUGCAGGAACACAGAUUCUCAAGUGCAACCUGGCCCAGAGCCAUGAAAAGUUUGGCUAAGGGAGGCUUCAGCGAGAAGCAGCACCCCCUUGGGGACACAGCCUGCACUGUGGAACUGCCGCCUCUCUCCCCUUGCCUGAGUGAAGAGCUAUUGGAUCCAGAAUUGCAUAUUCUCAUAACUCCCAGCCUGAGAGAGAAAACAGAGUCUGAGCUAAAGUUUGAGGAGGAUGAGCGAUGGAUCAUGAUGGAAGCUGAGGAGGAGUGGGAGGGAGAGAAACUGUCAGAGAGAGGAAAGAUUUUUCUAACGGCAGAUGAGAAAAAGAACAGCCUGGCAGAUAUUUUUGAAGGACGAGAACAAGCAAACACUUUAGCAGUGGCAGAGGAUGGGACCGAUUGCUCAGCUGCUGUCUUGAGAACUGUUGACCACCUAGCUCUUGGUCAGAUUUGUUGCUCUGAUGACCUACAGUCAGCUAAGAACCAUUUGGCUUCUGUUCUCGAGGAUACACCUCUGGAUUACAGUUGUGUUCUCACAGGUGAGAGUGCUGUAGGGGAGCUGACAAACAGAACUGCUCAGGGGCUGGAGGGUCUUGUUUCCGACUUAGAAUGUACUGUUGGUCCUCUUGAUUCAGAGCAGCUCUCUGACACAGAUUCAGUGCAGAUGUUUCUUGAACUUGAAAAGGAGUGUUUAUGUGAAGAAGGAGUAACUCCUCUAGCUGAGCUAGAGAAUCAAGCCUCUUCUGAAGGGCUGGCCCCAUCCCAGGAUGCAGAAAAUGCACUUGUAAUUAGUCAUUUUCCAGGGGCUGCCUUAGAAGAGGAACGCAUGGGCCUUUUAAAUGUAAGGGUAAAAGACUCUGAUACUGGAUUGGAUUGUGACUAUUUUAAUGCCCUGGAUUCUUCUCAGGUGCCUAAUGCUAUGGAACUUAUUGUCUGCUCUGAUACCAGGAGAGACACUUCCACUGUUAGUGAGGAGGAGCGUGAAAAAGUGCCUUCUAGCCCCGAGACUGUAGGGGAAUUUAAUUUCAGACACCCAGCUGAUCUGGAGUCACUGGGAAAGCUUGACCCAGGAGGACUGCCCAACUCUGAUCACAGGGCUUCCCAGGAAGACGACUUAUCAGGCUUUGUAGCUGAGCUGGCCAAAGAAAAUGGCAGUUUGUCCCAGGUAGACUGCAGUCACCCUGAGGGGAAUGUUGAAGAGUGUGUUGAGAGGGUCCCCCUCAGUCGUGCUUUUAGCUAUGAACUAACAGAUGUUAUCUCAGGACCUGAAGUAGAGGUGUUCUCAUGUGAUUCACAUUUACUAACAGAUGAGAUUCAUUUGGAAAGUGAGAAAGGAGCUAUUAAUCGAGAAAAGAGCAGUCUGACUUCCUUGGGAAACGUGGAUCCUUGUGAAUUGUCCAAGGAGAAAGUUUGUGAUGAGGGUGGGGAGGGGCAAGAGCUGGGAUAUGAAGCCAGGCUUUUGGAGGAUCAAGCCCCAGCGUAUGUUCACAGAGCCUUCCCAGAGCAGAUCUUCCAGGAUCUCCAGAGGAAGUCCGCAGAGUCAGAUACUCUGAAUCUGCCCCUGCUGGUUGGUGGACUGAGACAGAGCGGAGAUGGAGUGGAAACUGUAAAUGAUACAAAGCCCGAGCUGAACGUGGCAUCAUCGGAGGGCGGGGAGACAGAAAUGAGAGAUUCAGAAUCAUUGCUGAGUAUCUUUCUGGAGGAACAAGUUACCAGGGCUAGUAGUGCUGAGCCCAUUUUGGAGGGAUGGAUACCCAUCCCACAGAAGCCUGCCCCAGGGGCUGCAGUGCUCGGCCCAGAGGAGGGUGUCCCGGAUGCUGCGGUGCCUGCCCCAGAGGGAGCUGCUGUGGCUGCUGCAGUGCCUUUCCCGGGGGAAGACGUACCAGUUGCUUCGGUGGCCACCAUAGAGGCACGUGUCCCAGUUGCUUCAGUGGUCACUGUAGAGAAGGAUAUGCUGGCUGCUGCCCCAGCUGUUGCAGUGCCUGCUUCUGAAGGGACUGCUCCAGCUGCUGCAGCGACCAUCAUGGAGAAGGAUGCACCAGCUGUUGCAGAACCCACCACAAGGGAUGACAUCCCAGAGGGAUCUGUCACCCCAGCUGCUACAGUGCCCACCCCGGAGGAGCCUGCAGCCCCAGCUGUUAGAGCACCCACCCCGGAGGAGCCUGUCACCCCAGCUGAUAGAGCAACCACCCCGGAGGAGCCUGUCACCCCAGCUGUUAGAGCGCCCACCCCGGAGGAGCCUGCAGCCCCACCUGUUAGAGCACCCACCCCAGAGGAGCCUGUCACCCCAGGUGAUAGAGCGCCCACCCCAGAGGACCCUGUCACCCCAGCUGAUAGAGCGCCCACCCCGGAGGAGCCUGUCGCCCCAGCUGAUAGAGCGCCCACCCCGGAGGAGCCUGUCGCCCCAGCUGUUAGAGCGCCCACCCCGGAGGAGCCUGGCGCUCCAGCUGUUAGAGCGCCCACCCCGGAGGAGCCUGUCACCCCAGCUGUUAGAGCGCCCACCCCGGAGGAGCCUGCAGCCCCAGCUGUUAGAGUGCCCACCCCGGAGGAGCCUGUCACCCCAGCUUCUGCAGUGCCUGCUAUGGAGGAAGUGUUCCCUGCUGGUGUACCCUUCCUGGGAGAUACUGCCCACACUGAUUCAGUGCCUAUCUCAGAAGAAGAAACUUCUGUUUUAGAGGAGGCUUCCCCUGCUAGAAUGUGGAUCAAGGAGGACCUUGAUUCCCCAGGAUUUGGAAUAAAAGAGGUAACUGGCACGGUGCUGCAUGGGAAAGUGCCUCUGGCUGCAACUGAUGGAUUAAAGUCAAAUGAGGUAAUUGUUGCUCAUUUCGUUGGGAAAGGAUCUGGGGAGUAA